GUCGAAUUGUCAUUCACCCGUGCGAAAAGGCUCUCUGAUUUUGCUGGACAUGCUUAGAGGCGCUGAAUUAUUGGAUAUUUCGCAGUGAGUCAAUAGCUUCGAGCAAUUGUUCUGAGGCCAACUCAUUGAAACAAGGGCUUACUUAUUUCGAAGGCUCGUCAAUUCUCUCCGUCACCAUUUGUUGUUUGCAUGAGCAUUUAAACAUUCUAUUUUCAACAGGGCGCCAUUUGCGCAUUUUUCAGAUGGCAGGGAAUCUCUUCCUGCUCCUGGACUGGGUGUGUACAGUACAAUGAAAAUCAUUGGAGACCAUGACCUUCCAACUCCCAGCAUCAAUGGAGUAUUUGGGCGUUCCGCAACGAGGUCCCAAUCCGCAAUGGAAUUAGCACCUGGAUUCUACAAUUCCAUCGACCUUUGACACAAAAAGAUAUUGUCUGGUCUCAUAAGAAAUUUAGCAACAGACCCAACUUCCAUUGAGCGCCUAGAAUCGCGGCUAAGGCUACAAUAAAGCCUUGACCCUUUGAACCCGAGAAAUACUCGUCGAAACACGCAUCACCCUGAGGGUAUCAUGGCACUCGUGUGAGGCAAGUAAUAUCCAAGAUUACAUUUCGCCGACAAGCCCAAGUUUCGAGAGGAAGAGCGCUGAACUGAACUUUGCAGGAGGGUGAGGCUUUGUUUCAGUCCAGAUCCAAGUUACACCGUUUGCAAAAUGGGAAUGGACUGGGUACAGACAACUUCCCGCCUACCUCUACAAGGGUAGACUCGUGUUUUAUCAGAUGUCCCUCUUUCUCGCCCUUAAGAGAUUUUGCUUUCCAGGGCAGGAAUUCCUCCAUUCCCGCAACUAUGGCAAUCAACUAUCUUGGUAGACCGUUAAUACGCCGCACGGGAGUUGGCUAAAUACAACUUGGAACCUUUACGUUAUGAAUGGCCACACUAUGAACGGAAUUAAAAAUCCUAUUCAACCAUGCAUUUAUUCAAAUGGUUUUCACAUCUGUGCCAAUUAAUAUGGGAGGCAAAGUCUGAAACAGUUUCUCCAUUGAUUGCUACCUUCGGAUGAACGAAGCAGAGGCAACAGCUAGAAACAAAGCCAUUGACAGGAAAUCAAACAUUGUCCUCUCUAUACAAAGGGUUUGUUUAUGCUAUUGUGCUAAUUGUUUCCGCGUUACAAAAUACAUAGAGAAUCCACGCCACUGAACACGACUUAAUGGUGUCCAUUGGUUCUCCACGUCGGCUAUCCCAACCGACGCAGUUAGGAUGGAACAUUCCACUGAUACAAUUAUCAUUACUGUGAACUACUAUUGUACAGUUUCAUCGUUCAUGGCGAAAGAAUCAUGGCCCCACUUCUAGGCUCAAGAGGGACCAUAUAUAUUGUCAAUGCCUGCAAUCUUAGGUGCUUCCUAGCGAUACUUCCUCAAAAUUAUGCCUUGUUACUUAUACGAACUCUAUUUACGAGCCAAAAUUCAGUUUAAAUUGUUCAUUCUCCUAUCAGACUACAGUCAAAGAAUUCGGUCAUUUAGUCCAUUUUGUACUUGAAAAACGCUUGUCAACAUUCCCGCUUUCCGGAACUAUCUCGAACCGCCUAUACGAUCAUGAUAUAUCGCGUUAUUAUUCUUAUAUUGGCCCUUCUCGGGAGCCGCGUUCACAGCCACAUGCAAAUGCUAAACCCGCUCCCAAUUAGAAGUCCCUUAGACCCGGCUAAUACUGGCGCAUUAAGGGAUGUCAAUUAUAAGAACCCUCUGUGGGCAAAUGGAUCAAAUUAUCCGUGCAAAGGAUACUUAGAUGAGCCUUUCCGGUCAGCUGCAGAUUACAAAGCGGGAAGCGAAUAUGAAAUGUUGAUAGAGCAAAAUACUGCUACCCAUCUUGGGGGUUCAUGCCAGCUCUCACUCUCCUACGACGAGGGGAAGUCGUUUAGGGUGAUAAAGUCCAUUAUCGGCGGAUGUCCCCUACCCUUUAAAUACAAAUUUGAGAUUCCAUCCAAUGCGCCUUCUGGUAAGGCAGUAUUUGCCUGGACUUGGUUUAACAGGAUUGGGAAUCGUGAAAUGUACAUGAAUUGUGCCUGGGUGACCGUCUCUGGUGGUUCAGGGGACGGCUUCGAUAGCCUCCCUGAGAUUUUUAAGGCCAACGUUGAUUCUCAGACGAAGUGCGGAACCAAAGAGGGGUUUGAUAUUGUGUUUCCAGAACCAGGAUCGGUUGUUGAAUACGGACCCGGGGGGAAAGGCCCGCCCAAUAGGGGCAUUGUUAAUUGUCCUCAUUCCGAUGCCCCUGGACCGAAACCACAACCACCAGGAGAAGACCCUCAAUCUCCCCCUAUUGCUUCUACAGAACCUACACCGACUGGAUCUUCACCUCCACCGUCCGCUGCAACGCCUGACGACGAACCUACCCCACUGCCGAACCCGACGCCAGAUUCCGGAGGACAAACCCCCGAAGAGCCACCAGCGGCGGCUCCUGCUCCAGGAAACUCCGGAAGCUGUAGUGCAGGAAGUAUAAAAUGCGAUUCGGAAACUACAUGGUCCAUGUGUUCCGGCUCUGGAUCGCACUACAUUCCCAUGGGAUCCGUGGCCGCAGGAACGGUGUGCAAAGACGGCAAAAUUGGUCGUGCCUAAAGUGGCACAAAGUCAAGGAAGAGGAAUUUGGGGCGGGAGUCUUUCACUUUCUGCGUCUUUGUUUUUAUUUUGGACUUUUACUUACGUGGCCGAAAUCUUCCACCGUCGGGCUCCGUGAAAGUCUCGCGGGAAACUUGAAACACCUCUUGGUUUGGUGUUGCAGGUUAUUCGAUAUGCAACCCGAGGCUGUGUCUCGAGAUCUUUGUUGUGGUUGUUGAUAUUACCCCAUACUCUUGCCACUCUGCCUUACAUUGGAUGUCCUCUUGUCUGAUUCCUUUUCCUUUCGGCUAUAUUAAUUCCUUAUUCCCUCCUCCCCCGGCCCCCUCUCUUUUUCCCAUUUUUUUCUUUUUCUUUUUCUUUUUUCCCAUUCGUUUAUGUUAUCUCUCUUUGUCCCUCUCGCGCGGUGUCCUAGUAGUAUUUCUAGAUUCUGCAAUACAUAUCCUUUUGUUUCCCUUUGCUUCAUGUAACGCAUUUUAAGUUAGAGGGAGGAAUGUUUCAUCCUAUCUGUUUCAUGGGUAGCUCCUAUUUUGCCUCACGGCUACCAGGCGCGAUGUUUUUUAUAAGUGUAUGUAUGUACAUUAUUUAGAGGCCACUCAUUUUCCGUGAUAGUAGCUAUACAGAUAUAUUUACUUUACUUUUCCGGCCUUAGACUUCUAUUUACUUUUCUUUCGUCUGAACACUCUUCUUAUCAACCAACCAACAAGUCCAACAACAAACACGUCAAGAGUCAAAACCAGAUCUCAAGAAUAAUUAAGAAUGAAAAUUUGGAAGUGGAAGGAAACAAAAAUAUAAUAAAAUGCUAAGCUUAACAUAUAUACAUCAGCUAUGGUGCUUCGGGUAACUGUAUGAUAAUACAAAUCUACCUAGUUUGCCAUAAUUGCGCGCAGACGCGAAACAACCGCUCCUUCAGCAACCCACGCUUACCAUAU